AUGAAUCUAGAUAUUUCUUGGAAUAAGGAAGACUAUUUUAACAAUAUUUUUAAAUUGACCUUAGAAGUUCUGGCUAUAGAGAUCUAUGAAGAAAUUGUUAACCUUUUUGAUUUCUAUUUUGAUGAAAAAGUCGACCUCGUAGUAGCAUAUAAUAUUGAUGGUCUUAUAAAAGAUCAAAAAGAUCAAAUUUUACUAAUCCUAAAAAAAAAUUCAGAUCUCUUUGCAAGAGAUAUAUCUGAACUUAG